AUGCGCUCCAUCUUCUACUCGCUCCUGUCGCUGGCGACACUUGCCUCGACCCUCGCAGUCGACAAUGCCGCCGACGCCGACUGGGAGGACAAGGUGCCCGACACCGUCUUCAACGGCCAGACAGUACCUCCCAUGCCCGUGCUCGACAUCAAGACCCUCGACAAGGACAUCAGCCACGGCAACUGGCUGGUCGAGUUCUUCUCACCCUCGUGUCCGCACUGCAGACAGUUCGCGCCCACGUACCAAACCGCCUACGAGUUCUACUACACCUCCAAGCCCAUUGACGCAAAAGGCGAGCCCGAAGGCGACUCGCUCAACUCCUUCAAGCGCUUCUACGACUUCAACUUUGCCAAGGUCGACUGCAUAGCCUCCGCCGACCUGUGCGCCGCCCACAACGUCAUGAGCUACCCCUCGCUGAUCUACUUCCGAGACGGCAAGGAGAUGGCAAGGCAACGAGGCUCCAAGGACAUGAAGGGGCUCAGCCAGUGGGUCGAAGAGCUGCUCGAGACCAUUCGCCCGGGCUCGCGCAAGGAGGGCGGGCCCAAGCUCCCCAAGGCCGGCGACAAGGCUGUCGAGGUCGGUCCAGAUACCGAGGAGGUAGUCAAGGAGAAGGAAAAAGAAGAGGUCAAGGAUAAGGAGGUUGCCAACUCCAAGCUCGAGAGCCUCAAGAACGAGCCUACUAAAGAGUCCACGCCUACGCCCACGCCUACGCCUACGCCUACGCCCACGCCCACACCUACACCUGCAAAGGCCACACCGGCAAAGGCCGCGUCCACCUUCAACCCGUCUGGCGUCUCCCAGCCGCUCACCGCAGAAAAGUUCCAGUCCGUCAUCACCAACACGCUGGACCCCUGGUUCGUCAAGUUCUACGCCCCCUGGUGCCACCACUGUCAGGCCCUCAAGCCCAACUGGGACAACAUGGCGCGCCAGAUGAAGGGCAAGCUCAACAUUGGAGAAGUCAACUGCGACGUCGAGAAGCGGCUGUGCAAGGAUGCCAAGGUCAAAGGCUACCCCACCAUGCUCUUCUUCCGCGGCGGCGAACGCAUCGAGUAUGAGGGUCUCCGCGGCCUGGGCGACCUCCUCGAUUACGCCAACAAAGCCACUUCAGUCGGUGCUGGCGUUGACGAUGUAGAUGCCGCAACUUUCAAGGCGCUCGAGGAGAAGGAAGAAGUCAUCUUCGUCUACUUCUACGACCACGCCACCACCUCCGAGGACUUUGCAGCUCUCGAGCGCUUGACCCUGAGCCUGGUCGGCAAAGCCAAGAUCGUCAAGACCAACGACAAGGCCAUGUCAGAGCGCUUCAAGAUCUCCACCUGGCCCCGCCUCAUGGUCUCCCGCGAUGGAAAGCCCACAUACUACCCUCCCAUCACCCCGAGGGAGAUGCGCGACACGCGCCAGGUCCUUACAUGGAUGAAGUCUGUCUGGCUCCCCCUCGUACCCGAACUCACCACCUCCAACGCCAAAGACAUCAUGGACGGCAAGAUUGUGGUCCUCGGCAUCCUCAGCCGCUCCCGCUCUGACGAGUUCAUCCUCUCCAAGCGCGAGAUGAAGAGCGCUGCGCUGGAGUGGAUCGACAAGCAAGACGCGCUCUUCCAGCUCGAGCGCCAGGAACUGCGCGACGCCAAACAGCUGCGCAUCGAAGAAGCCGAUGACAAAGAAGAUGAGCGCGCGCUACGCAACGCAAAGGGGAUCCGCAUCAACAUGGACGAGAUCGAGCGGCCGCGCGUGGGAUUUGCCUGGGUCGACGGCGUCUUCUGGGAACGCUGGGUCAAGACCACCUUUGGCAUUGACGUCAAGGAGGGCGAGCGCGUCGUCAUCAACGACGAAGACAACCGCCGCUACUGGGACACUACCAUCUCGGGCGAACCCAUCCGGCCCUCACGCACCAGCAUCCUGGAAACCAUCAACAAGGUGACUCAGAACCCGCCCAAGAUCCCCAGUAAAUCCACCACGGGCCGCGUCUCACGCAUCUUCCUCGCCGCAAACCACUUCGCCUGGAACCACCCCGUUCUCGCACUCCUCGGCUCCAUUGCUCUGGUCCUCUCCGCUCUGCUCGCAGGCAAGAAGAUUCGCAGGCGCGCUAAUAAUGGAUACUUCCAGCUCGGCGAGAAGGAUGGUUUGCUGGGUGGGAUUGGGAGCGGGAACGGCGGCGCCAAGCACGAUUAG